CUGGCUCGAACUUCCCACUCCAACCAUGUGUUGCUCUGAGCUUUACUUACCAAGUUCUCUCCGCGUGUUCCCUUUUUGUCUUCCCCGACUCCGAGCAAUCACUACCUAACCAAACCCACUGGUUCUCUGCUCUUCGAGCCACCAUGGAUUGUCACAUUUAUGGUGUCUCUAGACUUGUCCUCUUUUCUCUCAUUCUCUUCCUUUCUCUCUCCUCCACCACCACCACCACCACCGUCACCGCCAUUGCCGGGAAAUCAAGCUCUUCUACUACAGGUACCGGCCAAAUCAACUCUAACUCGGUCCUUGUGGCGCUACUUGACUCGCACUAUACUGAGUUGGCUGAACUCGUUGAGAAGGCUCUGCUUCUUCAAACUCUUGAAGAAGCUGUUGGGAAGCACAAUAUUACCAUUUUUGCCCCCAGAAAUGAAGCCCUGGAGCGACAGCUUGACCCGGAAUUUAAGCGGUUCUUGCUCGAGCCAGGUAAUCUAAAGUCUCUCCAGACUCUCUUGAUGUUUCACAUUAUCCCCAAACGAAUCGGGUCUCAUGAAUGGCCCGCGAAGAAAUCCGGGUCAGUGAAGCACACCACUCUCUGGAACGAUAAUCUUCACUUGACGACGACUAAGGGAUCGGAGAAGAAAUUGGUUGAUUCAGCAGAAAUGGUUCGGCCCGACGACGUGAUCCGACCCGACGGUGUCAUCCACGGAAUCGAACGACUGUUGAUUCCGCAGUCUGUACAGCAAGACUUCAAUCGGAGGAGGAAUUUGAGGUCCAUAUCCGCCGUGCUUCCGGAGGGUGCGCCUGAGGUGGAUCCUAGAACCCACCGUUUGAAGAAACCGGCAGCUCCUGUACCGGUCGGGUCGCCACCUGUUCUUCCGAUUUACGAUGCGAUUGCACCGGGUCCUUCCCUAGCUCCCGCACCAGCUCCGGGUCCCGGCGGCCCCCAUCAUCACUUCGACGGUGAGAGCCAGGUCAAGGAUUUCAUCCAAACACUGCUACAUUAUGGUGGCUACAAUGAAAUGGCCGAUAUUCUGGUUAACCUAACCUCGCUAGCCACCGAAAUGGGGAAAUUAGUUUCCGAAGGAUACGUGAUAACGGUUCUGGCACCAAACGAUGAGGCCAUGGCAAAACUAACCGUAGAUCAACUGAGCGAACCGGGGGCAGUGGAGCAAAUUAUAUACUACCACAUAAUUCCGGAGUACCAGACCGAAGAGAGUAUGUACAAUGCGGUUCGGAGAUUCGGAAAGGUCCGGUACGAUACGCUGCGGUUACCGCACAAAGUGGAGGCCAAAGAGGCUGACGGGUCAGUCAAGUUUGGGGCGGGAGAUGGGGCGGCCUAUUUGUUCGACCCAGAUAUAUACACGGAUGGGCGGAUUUCGGUUCAGGGGGUUGAUGGGGUUUUGUUCCCGGAAGAGGUGAAGAAGGAGUCGACGGAGAAGAAACCGGUCACUGCUGUGAAGAAGGUUGUUGCCAAACCCAGAAGAGGGAAGUUGCUGGAAGUAGCAUGUAGAGUGUUUGGAGCUUUUGGACAGUUCAAUUCAUGUCAAUAAAAAAAAUACACUAGCAAAAAUCACAAAGAGGAGAAAGUUAUAUAGGGUUUGUAAUUUUGUUUUCAUUUCAGUUGUAGUAGGAAGGGCUUCUGUGUAAUAAAACUGAAGGCAACUUCCCCUGUUUUGCAUGAUCUUCAUGGUUAUUUUGUUAUAAAUACUGUAAUUACAUGUGA